AUGGAAAAGCUAAUUUUCAAUUUACGAGAAGAAAAAGCAAAUACCUAUAAAGAUGACAACAAAUCUGAACAGCAAACUUAUUUAUCAGAUAAUUCAUCUGACGAUUUGUCAGAUGAAGAUUUUGAACAAUUUGAUGAUGAGUUUAGUUCAGAUAAUGAUAACUCCAAUGAGCCAGAUCAUGACUGGAUUUUAAUUUGGGCAUUCAAGUUUCAAGAAAGAUUCAUGCUUUCAAAAGUCGGGUUGUAUGAUAUUGAUACCAUAGUUUUAAAAAAUGCAGAUACUAAUAGUCCAGGGUUCAAAUGCACACAUACUGAAUUUCCUGAUUAUCCAUUAUGGUCUAAACGUGAACCCUGUGGGUCUGAAUUGUUAGUUAAAGUACCAGUAACUGAUGGGUAUAUUUGGCGUCCUAAAAUGGUAUACCUAUUACCAUGUUUAAGAACACAAAUAUCCAUAAUGUAUCAAAGCCCAG